AUGAAACCUCAAGCUGAAAUGUUGUUUAGGAAGAGUAAUAGUGGGAUCAGCUUGAACUUUGAUAGCUCUAGCUGCACACCUACCAUGUCAUCCACUAGGUCUUUCAUCUCUUCCCUUAGUAUAGAUGGUAGUGUGGCUAAUUUCGACAACGGGAACGCCUUCCGUUUGAUCGGGGCACCUCGAUCACCGGAUCAGGGUUCCCGACACCAGAAGAAGUGUAUCGUCAAGGGUGAAGAUGCGAGUAUCAAAUAUGGGACUAGUGGUAAAUGCCAUUGCUCGAAAAAGAGGAAACAUAGAGUGAAGAGAUCAAUCACGGUGCCUGCUGUCAGUAACAAGCUUGCCGAUAUCCCUCCCGAUGAUUAUUCGUGGAGGAAAUACGGGCAGAAGCCGAUCAAGGGUUCUCCUCACCCUAGGGGAUAUUACAAAUGUAGCAGUAUGAGAGGUUGCCCUGCAAGGAAGCACGUCGAGAGGUGCCUGGAAGAGCCGUCCAUGCUUACCGUUACCUAUGAAGGCGAGCAUAACCACCCAAAGUUACCGUCACAAACGACGGCAUAGUCUCGAUGGAAACUCUGCUGAAGAAUUCAAGUCUUCAAUGUUCAAUCUAUUAUGGUUGGCUCGACUCGGCCGUGUAAAUAUUUCGCAUGGGGCAUA